AUGUCCUCCUACCUGCGACGUGCUAUAAAUUGUUGUUUCUGUGCGAAACAACGUCGUAAUCGCACCUCAUCAUGUGAUGAUAGUGAUGACAAUGAAUACGAUGUUAAGACUGCUAUUGUUCCAUCACCACACGUCUGUUCUACCACAUCCAAUAACAAACCCUAUUCGAGCACAACCUCACCCGCACCACGCAUUCAACGACCAUUCAAUUGGCAGUUGGAUUUGAGCACCAUUUUCUCUGAAUCACUCGAAUUCCAAGAUGAGCAGCAACCUGAGAUGCCAAGUAAUGCUAAUGCAACUGCAAACAAUAAUGAUUAUGAGCACAACGUUUGCCAAACCCAUCAACCCGCGCUAUUGUUACCACCUUUACAAAUGAGUGCGCCAUCAGCCGAUUUGGAACGAUUUCUGCAGAGGUUGGAGUUGGUCACGACUCGACUCGAGGCAAUCAGUGCUCAGAAACCGACACUUGCACCGAAACCUGGCAGUAAGGGCGCAUCACCACCUGCUCAGAAUGGUUGGUGA